AUGCACAUCCCUUCCACAAGCAGCGUACUACUGCUCCUGGUCUCCUUGACCCUCAGUUCCAUCGCCCCCGCCACUGAAGCCGCCGCUGCCCCCGGCCCCUCAGCAGAUUUCCUCAAAUGCCUUAAACCCCUCGGCUCCUCCAAAGUCCUCACCGCAAAGGACACAGCCUACCAACAACAGCGUUACGGCUUUGACCUUCGGUACACCUACCAGCCCUCGGUCAUCAUCAUGGCCAAAUCUGUCGGCGAUGUCCAGACAGCCGUCAAAUGCGCCGCCGCCGCAAAGAUCGCCGUUGCCCCUCGUUCGGGAGGUCACUCCUUUGAGGGUUACUCGCUCGGUGGUCAGGAUGGAUCUAUGGUCCUUGACCUCACUGCCUUGAACUCUGUCAAGGUCAAGGGUAACAAGGCCACCGUCGGGUCCGGCAUCCGUCUCGGAAAGCUCUACCUCGACCUCUUCAACCAAGGAGGAUGGACCAUCAACGCCGGUACCUGCCCCAGUGUCGGUAUUGGCGGCCACGCCCUCGGUGGUGGAUUCGGUCUCCUCUCGCGCAAGUACGGUCUUCUUGCCGACCGUAUUGUCGAGAUCGAGAUGGUUGAUGCCAAGGGCAAGGUCGUCAAGGCUUCUGCCUCCUCCAACCCCGACCUCUUCUACUCCCUCCGUGGCGCUGGCGGCGGCUCCUUCGGCGUCGUCACAUCCUUCACCAUCCUCCCCUUCAAGGCCGCCACCAAGGCCACCUCCUUCUCUUACGAAUGGAAGAUCAAGGACUACGCCGCCGUCCUCAAGGCCUACACCAACUACCAAUCCAAGGCCACCCGCGAUAUCGGUGUCGAGAUGAACGUCGGCCCCUCCGGUCUUGAGCUCUACGGAAUCUUCCAGGGCUCCAAGGCCGAUCAAGCCAAGGCCCUCGCCCCUUUCCUCAGCGCUGUCCCCAAACCCACCUCCAACGAUGUCCGUCAAGGCCGCCAGAUCGACGCUCAGCUCCGCUUCGCCUUUGUCGAGGGCGGCAAGGAGGGCGACAUCAACGGCCUCUCACUCAAGAGCCCCUUCCGCACCGGUGACUCCCAUUACACAAAGGGCAAGUCCAUCGUUUACCCCUCGGCCCUGAAGGACUCGACCAUUGCCCUCCUGGGCAAGUGGGGCGCAAAGAAGCCCUCUGGUGCGACCUCAAACUACAUCAUUGUCGAUCUCUGGGGCGGCGCCGUCCAGGACACCGCCGUCGACGCCACAUCCUUCAUCCACCGCAACGCCCACACCGUCUUUGAGUUUGUCGUCGAAUGGGACCAGAGCGCAAAGCCCAAGCCCGGAAAGGCUGACUGCAAGGAUUGUCUCAAGUGGAUGAACGACAUGUACGCCGAAUUCUUGGCCGACUUCAAGUCUGCUGGUUAUGCUGGCCCCCUCCGCGGUUACCAGAACUACAUCGAUGCAGAGAUCCCCAACUGGCAGGACGCCUACUACGGCUCUGCCAUGACCCGUCUCAAGAAGACCAAGGCUGCUAUCGACCCCACCAACAUCUUCCGUUUCCCUCAGAGCAUUCCUCUGUAA